GUUUCUUCCUACUUGCCUGUGGGGAGGGACAUGGUUUUUCUUUCAGAGUUUCUGACAGCGACUUCCAGACUGACAGUUUAACACUUGGAGGUAAGUUAUAUUAAAAGACUGGGAUACAAUAAGUACAGGCAGUUAUUGCUGCCCACUGGACUUUGGUCUCUGCCUCGUCAGUUUCUGGUGAUCUGAUUCCAAGGUUUGUGAAGGAUCAGUGAGAUUUGUGAAGGAUCAGCGAGACGAUCAUCAAUGAAUCUUCCCGAGGGAACCUCAUGGCUCCUGGUUUAAGGUACCAAACGUCUGUAGUGAAUCUGGUGUUGGUCUGCCAAUUAACUGUCGUGGUAUAUGGGUUUCCUCACUGCGCAAUGAAAGCUGAAGAAUCCAUUCAUGUGGGUGAAGAGAAAGUGUUCACUAACAAGGAAGAUGCCAGCCAAUUUAUUGGGCGACGUUUACUCUACAACCAGUUCGAUUUUGAAAUGUUUGUCCCUGGCAAUCUGGAGAGGGAAUGUUACGAGGAAGUCUGCAACUAUGAAGAGGCACGGGAAAUCUUUGAGGAUCCAGAUGCAGUGAUGGCAUUUUGGCAAAAAUACACCAGUAAAGGGACCAUCUCCAAAGAAGUUGUAAAGCUUGAUGUUGUCGGCUUACUCACUGGCAUUAUUUCUGGUGGGACGUUACUGGUAAUACUGGGUCUUCUCGCAUACUAUUGGUAUAUGGUCUACUGUGGUUCACGAAGGCAUCGUACUGUCCAAGAGGGAAGCAUUGAAGGCAGAAACAUAUCAGUCAGCUCCAGGAGCUCAGAGGAACUCCCACUGCAACCUACAGCCCCGUCUCUGCCUCCCCCUCCAUACGAAGAAGUUGUACUGGAUGCAAGAAACGAUGAGCCCCCACCUCCUUACCCUGGGACGCACAAAAAGUCCUUUAAAAAAUCUUUAUCAAUCCCUGCUCAUCAAAAGUAUCAACUAUAGCAGUGCCGUCCAAUCUUACUCCCAGCAGUGGGUUAAUAAUCUGUUAUACCACUUGACAGUGGGUUGGAUUAUAUUACAAUGAUGGUGUCAUACCAAGAAGCUUAUGGAUGCCGCAAGUGGGAUGGGAACACAAAUAAUGCCAUGGUGGGACCAUAUCUGGACCAGUGGGUCUCCAGUUGAACCAUCAUACACUAUAGGAAUACCAUAUCCUGAUUAAGAACAUGUGAAUGGGAUAAGGAGAACUUUAUGUAAUAAUGGAAGUGAACUUUGUGCCCAAGGACCAGGGGUAUGGACUAGUAUCUUACAUAGUAUUAAAAUGGCAUAGUUUUUGGGGUAUCUACUGUGCCACGUGAUCACUGCUUGCACUUAUUUUUGGCCUAACACAUUAAUGUUAUAUGAGUGAAAACCAUACUCCCAUACCUGAUUUGCCUUCUUCCAUACAGUCCUUUGUUGAGGCACUGCUUGUAAUGAAUGGGAAGAGCUGCUGCCAUUCCAGAUCCAGCAGUCGACUGACCUCAGCCUGCCUUUCAGCCUGUAUCAUCCAGAUCCCAUAAUUCCCUGCAAAUGAUGUAAAUGUGGGUUAUUUAGUUCCUGUAUGCUGUCUGUAAUCUGUGGGGAAGUUGUUACAAUUUGUAACAUUAAUGUUUUAGUCCCUCUUCCCCUGCCAGGAUUUCAAAUGAAAGAGAAGAACUGCUUUGCAGCCAGAUUUCAGCAUAUAAAAAUGGUAUUUAUUCAUACUUUUGAAGGAACAAAUUUAGGUUUCUGAAGCCGGAGUUCCCCUAAAAUAUAUAUCAAGAUGGUUGGGGGUAAUCAUUUUUAUUCUAGGAAUCAAGCCAAAAUACACAAAUGUGUUACAAGUAUUUUAAUGUAAAUCGUUUUUUGUUUUGUUAUUUUUGAGCUUGUGGCUCGCUACCACGACACCGAGAUGCAGGAAUCAACUGUAAGUCGUGCACUUGGUAAUAUAAACUAAAUUCAUUUUUACGUCAGCACUUGUGUAAAUAGAAAACAUUUUGGGAAGAAAAUGGGUGGGGGGGGGGAGGUGGAUGGGAUGAAAUGGAAAAGUUUUUUUUUUAAAAAUAUUUACAUAACACUGUUGUUGCCGUAUAUAUAUUUGAUACAUUGCUUUCUACAAAAUAAAGGCAUUUUGCAGUAGC